UCUGGUGUCUCGGUUCUGCUUGACGAGGAGCUAGAAGCUCGCUGUGGCUAUGUCCUGUCAAAUGAUGUGUGGGGUAAUACCAUAUUCCGAGCUUCUUUUCUUGGCUGUCACGUAAUAAAUGAGAUGGAUGAAAAGUUCUCUCUUACUUUAAACAUCAAAGUGUCAUUAUUCCAAGACCUGAGGGCAGCUACAACCUACCAACACCCCAUGCACUGCUCUUAUUCUUCAUGGGCUCCAAGGGAAAUUAUGUGUGAAGAGAAUUACAUGGAGGUAUCAGUGAAGACCGAUGUCCCUGUGAUUUCGGAUUAUGAGACUGCAGAAUGGAUGUCUGCAUUGCCUGAGGCACGAAAAGUUCUGUAUCAUAAAUGGCAGCUGAUAUUCUAUUCUCCUUCGGGGAGAAAGAAAAUAUUGGUGAGUGACGUUGACAAGCUUGGCUACAGCUUCAAUAAUACGCUGGCGAGGGUGUUCCUCCGCUCUCCAUACUCCACAAAUGAAACGGAACAUUCAGUGGCUAAUGGGGUCACAAUGAGCACAAUCAGCUCCACUUCCAUGUACAGACAAAGGUGGCUGCUUGUGUUGAUUGACACCACAGUGUCAUGCCCAGUUGAUGGUACCAGCUUUACGGACGCUGUCAUAACAUGGACUGUACCAAGCGUGAUCCCCCGAUUGGUCCUUCAAGAACCCACCUUUACAUCCCAUAAUAUAUCAAUGGCGGUUGAUGGGCAAAGAAUAGAGAAUCCUGAACAUUUCGGUUAUACGCUGGAUCGUAACAACACACACAUUGUAACGACUAUCCCAAUUGGAGCGUCUGGGGGCAGGUUAAAGAGCACUGUAUCCAACGGUGUCUAUGGGGCAGUAUAUAGCAUUGACUUAUUAUUGGAGCAUACCUGGACAGAUACAGAUUGGCACUUGACAAAGUACACUGUGAUUAAGUCAAUCACCACACCAUUCAUGCCUAGAAUACCAAGAGUAGUCAAUAACACUGUUCCAGAAACACGACUCUUUGAUGUAACCUUGGGAGUCUUCCUUCCUGAUGUCAUUCUGGUAGCACUUAAAAUAGGAGAGGAACCUCUAUCCCGUAAGGAAGCACAGCAAAGGGGUUACAAGAUCUCCGACAUUCACUUCCCAAAUGGAACAAUAGGCUUUAAACUGGUAGUACCUUUUGACGAUCCCAACAUCUUAAGAGAGUAUGUGAACAAAAAUGAAACCAAGUAUCACCUUCAUGUGAACUACGCUCUGAAUGUGGGGCCUGAGCUGAAGUUGUAUCACCACCCUGCCGACAUAGAAUGCAUAAUUGCAGAUGUUGAACUACCAGAAGGCGUUGGGUACUGCGACAAAGAGAACAUGUAUUUAGUUGUUCCGACUGCAGGCCUAUACAAAUACUGGAGCCUAUAUGUAGGCAGUAUGCCACUAAGUCAAGCCACUGCCCUUGCAGAUGGGUAUUUUGUUACUACAAAUGAUACUCAUCUAAUAUUGCAAGUGCCUCUCUUUGCUGUUGGGAUUAUUUAUGAGGAAGUGUCAUUUGAGAGAAUUCGAGCCAGGUUUGAUCUUCUUCUGAAGAAAACAAGCACUAUGGAGACUUUGGAUAUCUUCUCUGUUAGAUGCAAUUUUCGCUCUUCACAAUUCAUAGUGUGCUACCCUAAUGGAACAGUAACCGUAUCUGCUCUCAUGAAGACCGUGCCAUCCAUUGACAUGGGCAAAACUAGGCUUAAGGACAGCACCUGUAGGCCUAAGGAGUUUACAAAGGAACAAGUCUUCUUCCAGUUUCAUGUUUCCACUUGUGGCACUUCACUAAGGUUUGAAGGGGAUCACCUUAUUUAUGAAAAUGAAUUAUUAUUUGAAAAAGAGACUCUUCCAGCACAGGGGCCACCAACUAUCACGAGAGAUCCAGCAUACAGGCUGACUAUCUUGUGCUACUACCCAAUCAAAGAGACGCUCAUUCAAAGUGCUGUGAUCUAUGGCUCCUCCUCCUCUUCUGGACCUCUUCCUACUGGCUAUGGCACAAUGAUGUCUAGGACAAAUGUGGCAGGCUCUCGAAGAGCAAGGCAAGUUCUACAUAUCAUCUCAAGCAUGUUCAAAGAUGAAUCUUUCACAGAAACCUAUGGGCAACAUUCAGUAGCUCUCAAAUACUCAAGCGAACCUGUUUAUCUUGAAGUUGAACUAAAAGACGAAGCUCCUGGUGUUGAACUGUUCUUGGAUAACUGCUGGAUGGCUGGGUCUGAAGAGUUUGGCGCCACUCCCCAAUGGAACUUCAUUGAAGAUGGGCAAGUGGCUCUAAACAACGGUUCUAUAAGCAUAUUGAUCAAGCUUCGUGGACUGAUGACUCUUAUGUCUCCUCUCUCAAACAGAUGUGAGAGGAAGGACAGUGGAUCUGUGAGCUUCAGCCCAGUUACUAAAAGUGACAGAGUGAAAUAUCCCAAUCACUUCAAAAGGCUGAGAAUACGGAUGCAGACUCUUCCUCUGAGAAAGGUAUACUUCCACUGUACGGUAAAAGUCAGCACCUGCCUUCAUCUGCCUGGUAAUGGUCUUCCAGAAGGACAAUGUUUACAAGGAAGGAAGCUUGGAACAUUUGACUAUAAUUGCCAAACUUCAGCUCAGCGUUCUGAAAUCCAUGGUUACGCAGUGGCUGGACCAGUCUUGGUUAUUCACUCCUGAACAAAUUAAGUAGUCGGACACACAGAUAUAUAAGAUAUAGCUACACAACCCUACUUGCUAUGGCUGGCCUUUGGAUUUGGUGCAUUAACCUGGGACUGAUUUAAAAUGUACAUAUUGGCUUCCUAUGGCAACACUUCAUAAAUAAAAAUCUGGAGGUGCAAAA